GGACUACUAGAAGCAACUUGUCGUUGACGGACAUCAACAGCGUCGAGGCCGCGGAAGAACGAUCUAGCGGCGCGGAAAAUUCGUUCUGAUUUUGUUUUGAUAGUCCCGAAGACCACACUCUACUAGGGUCGAAUCGAGAUUCGAUUCUCAUGUAGUAGAGCCCUGCGGUUUAAUAAUUAUACCUUGUACGCAAGGUGUUCUGUUCUGUUUUCUCAGCAAUUAUCUAAAUCUUCCAAGAACUGCAAGCGCAUAUCAAUCAAUUUCGAACAAGCAACUGCAAAGAUAAAACAUAUUAUCGAGAUGGCUAGCCACCAGCGCCAGCGCCCGCAGUCCGACAUGAUUCGCGAGCCGUUGGACGGUAUCAAAUGCAAAUAUGUCUGGGUCUGGAAGGAUGCAGAGACUUGUGAUGUAGCUUUGGGAUGACCCAGAAGGGCUACCAGCAUGCACGCCCUAGCAUAGCAGGUUUUAAGAAGGUCUCUUAAUGCGUAAAAAUCCGCAUGACAAAGCCCUUUUUUCCAUUGGCCAGAAAUGUGCAACUUUUGGCUUCCAUGUAUGACAAAUUUAUGUGUGAUGUGAAGUGCGCAGCACAAAUUCGCAUCUUUCCAGACCCAGAGAUAUUUGCAUGGCAUAGGCGAGAACGACCGCAGUCCGGUGUCCGAUGACCCGGAUGAAGAGGCUUUCUUCUCCUCUAGCACCAUGAAGAAGAAGCAGCAGCAGACGAGCAGCAAGGACGAUGGGAUCAACCCCUUUUCCUCCGACCACGCCGCGUUCCGUGAUCAGGACCACGAGAAGGGUCCGGACCGCAAGCUGCGCAUGGACAACGACGACGCCAGUGACGACAACGAGGAAGAGGACAACCGUCGUCGCGGCCGCGGAUCCCGGUAUACUGCGGAACAUGGGGCGGAGGACACGGAAAAAAACGACAACGCGGAAGGAGAUCCUCGUGGGGAGAAAAUUGGCGCCAGCAAAACCACCGCGACCGGCGCGGGGAAUCGCGGGGACGGGGCUCCGGGUACUACUACGACGACCCGCGCGCCGCGCGUGCGGACCAAGACCGUGUUUCUGGGCGGGUUGGCGCCACACACCGUGGCGGAAGUGGUGGAGAAAUGGUUCACGGACCGGGACAUCGGGGUCGACCACAUUCACAUUCCCUGGAACUACGCGAAACGCGCGCCGUUUCAGUACGCGUUUAUCGACCUGGAGAAUCCGGAGGAUUUCGACAAGUGCGUGAAGAUUUUCAACGACCAGGAAGUGGACGGCCGGAAUCUGCGCUGCGAGGAGCGCAAGGUGGGCACGGCGAAGCAGGCCACGCAGCUGGUGGAGCAGCAGGAAAAGGGGAAGGUGCACAUCGGCCCGACCUCCUGGGACCGCAACCGCGGCCAGACUACGCACCGGGAGAUCGCGCCGUCGCCCCGUGGGGGUGGUCGCGGCGACCACCGUGACCACCGUGGUCGUGGUGGACGGUCCCGCGGCCGGCGCGGCGGGGGUCGGAGCAGUAGCCGCGACCGCGGUCGGUCGCACCGCCGCUACAACCGUUCCCCGAUCUCUCCGCACUCGAAGUUUCAUUUCGGAAACAAGGGCGGCUCGCGUGGUGGUCAUGGCACGUCCCGGUACGACAGCCCGCGUGGAGGUGGUGGGGGUAAAGGACCGUCCUCGCCGCCCCGUGGCAAGGGCCGUUCGCGCUUCGACGACAUGAUGCCGGCUUCCAAGGGGGGAGAUCGAGAUGGCCACUUCUACCGGGGCGACAAGGGGUACGGCAAAGGUGGCCCGUCCUACCUCUCUUCGCGGUACGAAGACUUGGACAAGGGAAAGGGCAAAGGCUCUUCGCGCUACGAGGGUGGCGGCGGCGGCGGAGGCUACCGUCGGCACGGAUCUCGGUCGCGGUCCCGCGGACGCGGGAGGGGCGGAGGUGGCUACCGGGGCGACAGUCGCGGCGGCGGUCGGGGGCGUUACCACAGUCGCGGACGCUACUACUAG